AUGGAGGCGAGCAUCUGCUGCGAACAAGCCCUUGAGCAUGACACGGUAAGCCAGCUGGCUGUCACAGAUUCCCCUAUUUACUUUAAUGGAAAUUUUAGCCCUCCUGCAAACUGCAUCUCCUAUGAUGAGCUGAAAGAGCUGAAGACUGAAUUUGCCAUCAAUCUCUACCGGCAUGUAUCGGAAGCAGAGAACAGAACCAAUCUGGUAGUCUCUCCAGCAAGCGUGGCUGUUUCUUUGGAGCUGCUGCAGUUUGGAGCUCAAGGAAAUACCUUUACGGAGCUGCAGGAUGCCCUAGGAUACAACAUUCAUGAUCAAAGUGCGCAGGACUUCUUGCACACUGUGUAUGAAGGAGCAACAGACUCCAGCCAAGGCACUCUGGUUCAGCUGGCAUGUUCCUUCUUCGUGGACGCUGGCGUGCAGCUGUCGCCCCACUUCACUGCACGUGCUGCACGCUGGGCAAACAGCAGCCUGCAGCAAACCAACUUCACUGACCCCAACAAAACCGCAGCCCAAAUACAGGAAUGGAUCACCGGUAACCUUGGAGAUGGGGAUGUGCGUGGCAUGCCAUUAGAGAGCGCUGGGUCACCACUCAGCCAGGUCUCCCUGGUGAGCACCAUGUACUUCAAAAGCACGUGGCAAAAGAAGUUUUCCAUUAUGGAUACCCAGAUGUUGCCUUUUACCACGGCGGAGGGCUCAACCAUGAAAGUGCCCACAAUGCAUCACACAGCCGAAGUUAACUACGGACAAUUCCAGACUGCAGCUCUGGAGGCUUUCAGCGUGGUCGAGUUACCCUACCUGGGGGAGAAACUCAGCAUGUUCCUAGUGCUUCCCAGCCACAAAAGAACACCUUUGUCCCAGAUUGAGUCUCACCUUUCUGCCAAAACCAUAACCCUCUGGGCCAACAGCUUAAAGAGAACGAAGAUGGACAUUUUUCUACCUAGGUUCAGUAUUCAAAGCCUUUUUGACCUAAAGACAGUUUUUUCUGCCUUGGGAAUUAGAGAUGCAUUUGAUCCCAUCACUGCUAAUUUUAAAGGUAUUUCAGAGCAAGGUAGUCUUUAUAUUUCAGAAGCUAUUCACAAAGCAGAGAUUGAAGUAACAGAAGAUGGUACAAAGGCAUCAGGAGCUACAGCAAUGGUAUUACUAAAAAGAUCUCGAACGCCUAUUUUCAAAGCAGACAGGCCUUUCACAUUUUUCCUGAGACAAGCUAACACAGUAAUAACAGAAAUGUAUUUUCCAAGACUUAAAAUGGCAUAG